CUCUGCGCGCGGUCCCGCCCCGCGGCUGCGGCGUCUGGGCGGCUGCAGCGGGCUGAUGGCGGGGGCCGGGGGCGCCAGGGCCGCGCUCUCCUACCCGGGCGGCGGGGGACCGCUGGGGCUGGAGCUGGGGCGGAUCCAGGGACCCGCGGGCGGGCCCCAUUCUCCGCCGCCCUCCUCCUGCUCGCGGCAGGCCUGGAGUCGGGACAACCCGGGCUUCGAGCCGGAGGAGGCGGCGGCGGCGGGGCCGGUGCUGCGGAUGGAGAUGGACGUAGAGUGGGGCAGCCGCGGGGCCGCCUCCUCCUCCCCCUCCCCAGGCGCCAGCAGCGCCCGGGGCCCGGCCGGGGAGCCUGACAGCGGCCGGCGGCGGCGCCGGCGGGGGGAACGCGGCGUGGGGGCGGCUCCGUGUCCCAGCCCCGCCGGAGGGGACCCGCUGGCCCCGCACCUGCCCCCAGAUGGGGCCCUUCCGCCCCAUCGAACCGCCUGGGCCAAGCGGCUGGCCCGCCGCCUGCGAGGUCUGUGGGGUACAAGAUUGAUGGAAGAAAACACUAGCAGAGAGAGAUACCUGAAAAGUGUUUUACGAGAACUAAUCACAUAUGUGAUUUUCCUUGUGGUCUUGUGUGUCUUGACUUAUGGGAUGGUGAGUUCCAGUAUGUACUAUUACACUAGGGUAAUGUCACAGCUCUUCCUGGAAACACCUUUAUCGAAAAUGGAGAAAACCAAUUUCAAAACCUUAUCCACCAUGGAGGACUUCUGGAAGUUCACAGAAGGCCCUUUGCUGGAUGGGCUGUACUGGGAGAUGUGGUACAACAAUAAAACCAUGGCAGAAAACAAAAGUUUCAUUUAUUAUGAGAAUCUGCUUUUGGGGGUGCCUCGUGUUCGGCAGCUGAAAGUGAGAAAUGGGACAUGCUCGAUACCUGAGGAUUUAAAAGAUGAAAUUAAAGAGUGCUAUGACGUUUAUUCUGUUGCUAAUGAAGAUACUGCUCCUUUUGGGCUACGAAAUGGAACCGCUUGGACUUACACCAAUGAACAAGAUUUGAAUGGGAGCAGCCACUGGGGGCUGAUUGCCUCAUACAGUGGGGCUGGUUAUUAUCAAGAUCUAUCACGAAGCAGAGAGGAGACCGCCACACAGAUUGCUAACCUUAAGAAACACUUGUGGCUGGAUAGAGGGACAAGAGCAGCCUUUAUUGAUUUCUCGGUGUACAAUGCGAACAUCAAUCUAUUCUGUAUUGUCAGGUUAUUAGUGGAGUUUCCAGCAACAGGCGGCCUCAUUACAUCUUGGCAGUUUCAGCCAGUGAAGCUUAUCCACUACGUUUCUAGUUUUGAUUUCUUCCUGGCAGCCUGUGAGAUGGCCUUUUGUCUCUUCACCCUUUAUUAUAUUGUAGAAGAGAUCUUGGAAAUUCGCAUUCAUAAACUGCAUUACUUCAGGAGUCUCUGGAAUUGUCUUGAUAUCCUUAUCAUUGUGCUAUCCAUAGCAGCUAUAGGAACUAACAUAUAUAGAAGGUCAACGGUCGACACGUUAUUGAAGAAGCAGCUGGAAGAUCAAAACGCUUUCCCCAAUUUUGAAUCUUUGGCAUAUUGGCAAAUACAAUUCAACAACAUUGCUGCUGUCACUGUGUUUUUUGUCUGGAUUAAGCUCUUCAAAUUUGUCAGCUUCAACAGAACAAUGAGCCAGUUAUCCACCACCAUGUCUCGCUGUGCCAAAGAUGUCAUUGGCUUUGCUAUUAUGUUUUUCAUUAUUUUCUUAGCAUAUGCUCAGCUGGCUUACCUUGUGUUUGGCACUCAAGUUGAUGACUUCAGUACUUUCCAGGAGUGUGUCUUUACUCAGUUCCGCAUCAUUUUGGGAGACUUUAACUUUACAGAGGUUGAAGAAGCUAACAGAGUUUUGGGACCAAUUUAUUUCACUACAUUUGUGUUCUUUAUGUUCUUCAUUCUUUUGAACAUGUUUUUGGCCAUUAUCAAUGAUACUUAUUCAGAGGUCAAAUCAGAUAUGGCCCAGCAGAAGGCGGAAAUGGAACUGUCUGAUCUUAUCAAAAAGGGAUACAAUAAAGCCAUGAUUAAACUUAAAUUGAAAAAAACUACUGUUGAUGACAUUUCAGAGAACUUGCAACAAGGUGGGGGCAAGUUAAACUUUGAUGAACUACGACAGGAUCUCAAGGGGAAGGGUCACACAGAUGCAGAGAUUGAAGCAAUAUUUACUAAGUAUGACCAGGAUGGGGACCAGGAAUUGACAGAACAUGAACAUCAGCAAAUGAGAGAUGAUCUAGAGAAAGAGAGGGAGGAUCUGGAUCUGGACAGGAGCUCUCUACCACGUCCAAUGAGUGGUCGAAGCUUCCCUCGCAGUCUGGAUGACUCUGAAGAAGAUGAUGAUGAGGACAGUGGACAUAGCUCUAGAAGAAGAGGUAGCAGCUCUAGUGGGGUUUCAUAUGAAGAGUUCCAAGUGUUGGUGAGACGAGUCGAUCGCAUGGAACAUUCCAUAGGCAGUAUUGUUUCCAAAAUUGAUGCUGUUAUUGUAAAGCUUGAGGCAAUGGAGCGGGCCAAACUAAAAAGGAGAGAUGUGUUGGGAAGACUGCUGGAUGGAGUUACAGAGGAUGAAAGAUUGGGACGUGACAAUGAAAUACACAGGGAACAAAUGGAGAGGUUGGUGCGAGAGGAACUGGAGCGUUGGGAAUCAGAUGACACAGCUUCCCAAAUGAGCCACCGCUUGGGAACACCACUUGGACUGAAUAGCCAGCCUCGUUCUAGGAAUUCCCGUCCAUCCUCCUCUCAGUCAACAGAAGGCAUUGAUGGAAGUGGAGGAGGGAAUGGCGGGAGCAACAUCCAUGUGUAAUAUUAUUUGUCAAUGGGUUGUUUUAAAAUUUCAGUCCUGUAUUAUAACAGCAAAUACGCUAUUUACUAUUUGUUUUCCAAAAACAGUGAUGAAUGUUAAAGCUACCAGUGUCCUCACCUGGGGAUUGAUCAGUAGGCCAUGGGGACACCUAAUCUACAACCACUGUGUCAGCAGCUGACAAAUGUAGAGUUGGCAUUACCUACCUACCUACCCCACUAAAUUGCCACCUACACUGGCUUUAGGACCAUAAUCUACCAGUAGCAUUGCUUAAAGUGGCUGCACUUGUAGGAUCUUUGCCCAGAGGGUUUUACAGUUUCCCUGUCUUGUUUCUUUCCAAGUACUCCCACCUUAAAACUUAAUGCUUGCUAUGCAGCAGGAGCUCAUUUUGGUUAUGUAAAAUAGGACUGUAAGAAUUUACUUUCCCAUUAUGUUACGUUUGAAAUUAGUUUCAAAGUUGUUGUGGAGUAAGUCUCUUCUAAAAGUUUUAAUUAAUAGUUAGCCAAAAAUGCAUUUAACUUCUCAACUCAAAUGUUUAGAUUUCCAAUGCUUUAUAAGGGGAAAUAUUAUUCUUAAAUUCCUAUUCCAAAAUAUAUUAAUAAGGUGACUUCCUAUAUAGUUCUUCCUGUUAAUUAUAUUUGACACCACUUACAAACAAGUAACACAAUCUCCUUCUUCUUCUGGAGUUUUCCUUUAGUGUGCUAAUAUUUUUUUAAUUAAUUUUAAAAUAACAUUCCCUAUGUAUCAGAGCACUGUUGCUUUUUUUUCCUCUGACAGCAGGUCAUGUUUAGUUCAUUUUUUUUAUGAAGUAGAAGCAUAUGCAAGUGACAUCGUACUUCAUAUAUUUUAGUGUUUUAAAAGUAGUUCUUUGGGAACUUCUUUACACAUAAGAGAGACAAGGUGGGUACGGUAAUAUCUUUCUUUAUUGGAUCAAUUUCUGUUUACUCUUAACUAAUGUGAUCAUUGUUGUCUUUGUGUCUGUCCAUAGCUGGCUUUUAGGGUCAAAUUUUCAAAAAGGAAGACCUCUGAGCUCCGCAUCCAAAACUGAACCUAUCCUUUCUACAAUUACAUGCAGAAGUUAGGUAAACAUUAGAUAAGUUGUGAAAAACAUCAAUGAAUCUUGGGGGAAGCAGGGGUAGAGAGAAAUUGACAUUUUGAACAUUUCUGACUAGCUCUAGCAAGUAUUCAUUCCAAUUCAAAGGCAGGGGCCUAAUUAGCUUCUUAUGUAUGCACUUACCUGACCUGCAUGAGCCGGUAUAUUUCUGUAUGUACACUUUUUUCUGUAGGGAACUUCACUGCAACUUGAAAUUGUAGUCUUUAGUAUAACUAGCACUUUUUAGUACAAGACUUGCUGGAUUUGAGACUGCGGUAGAGCUUUGAAGCAGCAACAGCACUGACAGUGAUUUGAGUUUGCUAUACAGAAAAUUAGAGGCAAAUAUGUACAAUUUUUGAUAGUAGUAUAUAUUUAUAUAUCGUGAAAUAUGGGAGUCUUCACUUAAGCUGACAGUUGCCUUAAGACUUACUGUAGGUUUAAAGGGGAAUGGAAAACUUAAUAUUCAGAUGAAGUACACAGUAUUCUAAGUGUGUAGAUUUGUAGGAUGUAAGAAGGAAAAUUUCCAUGCCAAAGGAUAAGAAGCCUUUUUAUUGAUGCUGGUGGCUUUCAUGUUGUGCUUAUUAUAGGAAUUGCUUCCUGUAAUUAACCUUAAGUACCUUAUAUUCUUGUGUUAGUAUUUUUGGUUUGGUAUUGGAUCAAAUACACCUCCAAAUAUUGCAGAGUUUUCCCAUAUCUAUAUAUACCAGCACUUGUUGUCAUGUUACGGUGUCAUCCAAGACGCAUUCCAUAUGAUCAGAGCACUUGUCCUUGAUAAAAACAAAACUUUUCAUAUGUUAAACUUACAAGAAAGUACAUGUUCAGUCUUAGAUCAAGAGACUUCUCCCCUACUGAGAGCUGAAAUUUCCCAAUAGACUAUGGGUCAAGCUCCACCACUGCCAAGUGGAUAAGAAAUUUAAUCCAAAUGAAUUUACAUCAUAAUAGUUAAGGUUAAGAUUUUAUCACAGUUAUUUUUAGCAAAAGUCAGGGACAGGUCACUGGCAAUAAACAAAAAUUCACUGAAGCCCGUGACUUGUCCCUGACUUUUACUAAAAAUAACUGUGAUAAAAUGGGACUGAUGGGGGGAAUGAAAGCCUGAGUCCUGCUGUAGGAGGGGAGGAGGGAUCUAGCACCUGCUGCCACUGGCUCACAGCCCUGGGAUCCCUCCGCUGCUUGCGGAAGCUGGAAGCUGUGGGCGCCCCCCCAUGCCCACAGCAGCUCAGAGCACCAGGGACCCUGACAGCUUCAGCCCUGCCCCCAUAGGGCUGAAAUGGAAAGUGUCAUGGAAGUCUCUGAAAGUCACGGACUCCUGUGACUUAAUCUAAGCCUUUGUAAUAGUAUACAAAACCUUCCAUUACAGUACUGUGUAGGCGGUAUAUUUCAAGGGGUCAGUUGGCUAAUGGUUUGACAUAUGGUAAGAUUGUAUUUGCAAGCUCUAAAAAAUUAUCAUUUGGUCUGUUGGGGCAUAGGAAUAUGAAAAUGCCAAUACAGUAUUGUAUGUCAUGUAGUUAAAGUUUAAACCCAAUCAUCUGACCAAACGAUUUGGCUUCACAGGAAAGAGGUUGCUAGUGCUCAGUUAAAGUGAUCUUUUGUUAUAAAGACAAGACAUGUUGGAUGUUGCUGCAAUAUCAUGCUGCAGAACUAAGGAAAUUUGCAUUUGUGAAGCUGUGCCUUUUCAAAACACUACAGCUAUCACUGUGGCUUUAAAUGUGUCCUAAAAUUGUACCUUUUCUAGACUAAUAUCCAACAAAGCUUUUCUUUUAUUAGUAUGUUAAUUAUGAAAACCAAAAUGUUUGCAUCCAUAGCUAUAUUUGUUUGUACAUUUGUAACGUGUCGUUACUGAAUAACAAACUUCAUUUUGAAGUGCAGUAAGCUUUCAUGGGCUACCCAUGUGUGUUGACAAUGUGCCAUGCAAUAAGUACAUGGCAACUAGACAAAUGUGUUACACAUUUUUUAUUAUGGUCUCAUUUUAAGUUUAGAUUCUCCUGUAACUGUUACAUAGAAGAGAGCCUUUACCCUAGAUACAAAGUAAAUGUAAGGUCUUUGCAUUAACAUUUGGUCUUAUUAGGAAGCUGUUAAUUAUGCAAGUCUUCCACAGUUAUCAAAGAUUUAUUGGUCUAUAAUACUGAGCACUUUACUUCCUAAUAAAGAUUUUACAUAUGAAAA